AUGCAGCUGCUUUUGCUCUUGCGGCCGUCCUGCAGUGCAGCGGUGAGGCAUCAGGCACGGCUGGACUUGGUGUUCGUUUUCUUACCGCUGACUGCUUCGGGCGCUUUCGCCGCGUCCUACUUCGAGGAUGCUGGCCGCUUUGCCGCGUUCAUCAGAGCAUAUCUCAGCAUUCACAUGGGCAUUGCUUUGUCCUUCUUGCCUUUUGGCAUCUUCUUGCGGAAGACGAACUGUUUGCACUAUGCGGCUCAUUAUUUGGAGGAUCCGCGCUGCAGCAAUUUGCUCUGCGAAGGUUUAAGCUGGCUUCCACUGUUUGUGAUCUCUCCUACAUUGGUGACUGGAAGCGUGCAGGACAUUGCUGACACUUUUGUGGAGGUCUACGCAAAUAUCAUGAUGUAUGUGCCCUUGUUUGAGGAGCCUCUCUCGCUGAUCCUCCGCUAUGCUGCCUACGCUAGCCUUGCCUGGGUCAGAAUGUUGUAUUUGAGCAGUUCAGAAGAAGUUCUUUCCAUCAGCCUCAACCCCUUCCUUUGCCAGGUCGCUCUUAUUGUAACUGUUUCUGCCGCGGUUUUGCGGAUCAGGAUGCAAUGCUUAAGCCUGAAAUUGACGCAGCUGACACCAGACAACCUAGAAGAGCACACCAGGAUGGAGCCUGAGAAAGAUGCGUCCAGGCAACAUCGGCAGAUGCUGAAGUUGCCACUUGCUUUACAAGCGGACCGGGCCGAUGGCACGGCCGUCAUGAGAGAACGGGAGGUUAGGAGACGUAGGCAGCUCUACAAAGAAGAGUUGGCGAGCCGGCUUCUGUGGGCCAUCCACUUCUGCCGGCAAAGGGUGCUGACGUCUGAUCUGUUAACCCACGUCCUCACUUUCCUGCACGAGUUCGACCGGCCUGUGGCCAACUACGUCGGCCUGUUACACGAUGACGACCGAUCCAUGAUCUCAAGCUUGCAGCCAGCCUCCAGUUCCGGUGCCCCUUCAUCGCUCUCUUCCGUUGCCGUAUUGCGCAAGGCGCUGUCUGCACGAUGCUGGAUCACCUUCGGGCGCCCUCCAUGCCCUCCAGCGGCAGUCGAGUCCGCGGUUGAGCAAGCAAGCAGCUGGGAUGUGCUUGUGCAAGCUUUAUGCCGGCGUAUGAGGAUGUGA